AUGAUCACAGAGGCUACAUUUAUUGGCAAUAUCGUGGCCCUCGGCUCGUGCCCCAUCUACGUUGUCAUCAUCACCCUCCUCAAGCCAGAACAGCAUGACUACGAUAUGAACAUCCUCUCCAUCGAAAUUGUCAUGGCAGACGAUGUGGAUGAAGAAGGAAGAGAGGCCGCCAAGGUGACUGACUCCGAGAAGAAUGUACUCAAAAAGCAGGUCUGGAUGAGUGCUUUUGCAAACAUCAUUAUUCUUUUUGGCUGCCACAUUCUUAUUCCGCUCGCCUUGUACGGCAGUGGAUAUGAGCUGACCAAAGGUGCCUUUGUAUUUUUCAUUGUGGUGAACAUAAUCUGGGCGGUUCUUGCGGCUGGCUACAUAAUCCUCGUUCCCCUCUGGCAGGGCAGAGAGGCUAUCAAGACGGUUACCGGGGUGCUUCUUGGUAAAAAGAGGCCACAACCUGUUUCAGACAACAUGAACAGUGAGAGUCAUGAUUCCAUCGAGCUCUUGGUGUCUGGGAAAGGUACCGACAAUGCAACAUGA